UGGCGGAAUGCACCCAAUACUUGUUUGCGGACCGCAAAAAUACCGUAGAAGAAGAACAACAAUGCCAGUCAAAGCGGAAGUUGCUACCUUGCAAGAUAGUAGCUGAAACGUUCGUGCUUGGAGCCAACUAUAAAUAUAUCCUAUUUUCAAUCUCCGAAAUGCAACAGCCACAGGACAACUUUGUUUGAAAGUCAUAAAUGAUCCUGAGCCAAAACUGACGAGAUAAAAGCUAGCAAGCUACCUCAUUUUCCACGUGGAAAAAAAGGGAGGACAGGGACUUGCUAGCUACGUUAGCUUGCUAGCUAGCUGUCUUUUCUACAAGGAAUUUGCAGGACAACAUGAGUGGAGAGAAGGAAGCAUUGAUGGAAGAAAUCGAACAGAGUUUACACCCUCUAACGGAGGAUCAUUUACGACACCUGUGUGAACGUUGUGGAAUAGAUGGCCCCCAAGUUAAAGGAAAGAACCAUCGCUCGUUGCGACGUAAAAUCAUGGAAGAAAUGUGGGAAAACGCAGAUUCUUUGAAAUCGGAGGAGCAGGGAAUGUCUUGGUUACUCCGACUGAAAGAUGACAUCAGAAAAAUACAGGAAGAAUCUAGUGUGGCACCCAUGAGUCCCAGCCAGUCUGAUGAUGAUGAUAAUGAUACAGACUGCGAUGAAGAAUGGAACGUGGAGGACAACGAUGGAGAUUCAGAUUCGAUGUCAUCAAGUAGGAACAAUGGGGACAACCCUAACAGUCGCUCGCUCAGUGGGAGGGUCUUAUCAUCUGGGAAGGCUCCAGGGUUGAAAGUGAUCCAGCGCCCUUACAGCUGUGAUGUAUGUGAGAAAAGUUUCCCACAUUUAGGAGACCUAAAGAGACACCAGAGAAUACACACAGGAGAGAAACCAUAUGGCUGUGAUCAAUGUGGGAAGAGUUUUCGUCAGCCAGGGCAACUGACGAAACACAAGCUAACACACACUGGAGAGAAAUCUUAUCGCUGUGAUCAAUGUGGGAAGAGUUUUGCUCGAGCUGAUACCAGGACUGAACACAAGCGAACACACACAGGAAGGAAAUCUUAUGUCUGUGAUCAAUGUGGGAAGGGUUUCACUACCUUAGGAGCACUGACUAUACACCAGAGAAUACACACAGGAGAGAAACCAUAUGUCUGCGCUGUAUGUGAAAAGAGUUUUCGUCAGUCAGGACAACUGACUAUACACAAGCGAACACACACGGGAGAGAAACCAUAUAACUGUGAUCAAUGUGAGAAGAGUUUUGCCGAAGCUGGUUCCCUGACUGAACACAGACGAACACAUACAGGAGAGAAACCAUAUGUCUGUGAUCAAUGUGGGAAGAGUUUCACUACCUUAGGAACACUGACUAUACACCAGAGAAUUCACACAGGAGAGAAACCUUUUGUUUGUGCUAUAUGUGGAAAGAGUUUCCGUCAAACGGUACAACUGACAAGGCACAAGAGAACACACGCGGGAGAGAAAUCUUACAGAAGCUUUGAUCAAUGAGGGGAUUCGAUCAUCUCGCCUGGGUUGCACACAAACUCACACAAACUCACAGUUGAAGAUGCAUCAGCGAACACACUGGAGAGAGACAUUACAGAUGUGUGGUCUGCUGUGAGUUUUUAGUUUAUUAGGAUCCCCAUUAGCUACAGGAUUUUGGAUCCCCAUUCUUCAUGGUUUUGGUACCGUGAUGAAACUCAGUGGUGUGUCUGGUGGGGUAUCUGCAGUCUAUUCGGGAAAGUAUUCAGACCCCGGGGGAGAAGGACCUUGGUCAGGGCGGUGACCAAGAACGCAAUGGUCACCCUGACAG